AUGCAGGCGACAGAGCACGUCCACAGCAAGUCUAACAUCAGACGGCGGUCCGCUCAGGAGAUGGCCAAGAUCACGUUAGCUAAAGAUACCCGGAUGAAACAGGAGAUGACUAAGUACAUCUCAAGAACUGAAGCUGAGAGACAGAUCAAAGAGCUGCAGGCUGAGCUUAACAGGUUGUUCAACCGCAAGGCCCAGAGCUAUGACGAAGACAAGAACAUCACACUAAGUCAAAUGCUCGCCCACGUGAAACAGAAUCAUCAACCACCAACUAAUCAUGACUUCGGCUUUGAUGUAACAUCUAGUGACCACACGCCGGUUAAUCGGACUUUACCAGACCUCCGUCACGAUAAAUGCAAACUCGCGAAAUUUGAUCUAACUUCCCUCCCAACGGUGACGGUAAUUACGCCAUUUCACAACGAGGCCGUAACGAUGCUGUUACGCCACAUACAUGCUCUGGUUAAUAACUCACCACCUCAACUGCUCAAAGAAAUCAUUCUCGUAGACGAUGUCAGCAGUUUGGAAAAUCUCGGCGAAGAUUUAGAAACAUAUGUACGUGUGCUCGAUAAAAGAAUAAAAUUAAUUCGCAACAAGGAAAGACAGGGCGUGUCAAGGUCAAGGAUGGCGGGAGCUGACGCGGCUACGUCGGAAGUGCUGGUGUUUCUAGACUCGCACAUGGAAUGCACUACUGGAUGGCUAGAACCGUUGGUUGCAAGGCUUGUCAGCCAAUCAAAUCUGGUGGUACAACCACUGUUACCUAAUAUCUUUACUGUGGAAAACUCAUAUGUCGAAGAGAACAUGAGGGGAGCUUUUGACUGGGACUUAAGUUAUGCCUGGUCUCCCACACCGACGUACAUAAAGCUACCCGCCGAGGCGCCUUUCCCAACCCCCGCUCUCACCGGCUGUGCUAUCGCGGUAACAAAACAGUACUUUUAUCAUCUCGGGGGGUUCGACCCCGCGUUUGAGAUCUGGGGAGGGGAACACUUUGAACUGGCGUUCAGGACGUGGAUGUGCGGCGGGCGUCUUGAAGUUGUCCCUUGUUCUAUGGUCGGACACUUGUACAAACUUCUCACACACGACUUUCUGGGAGACGGUAAAAUCAUACGGGCUAAGAACAACUUACGAGUUGCUGAAAUAUGGAUGGACGAAUAUAAGGAAUUCAUAUAUGCUUCCUACAGAUCAAAACUUAAAUUACCGACCUUUUCUGAAAAAGAAUUGAAAUCUAUCGAGGCCAGGAGGGAGCUCAGACGGAAGCUGAAAUGUGGUAGCUUUAAAAACUAUAUAGAAAUGUUCCCGGAGCUUAUAGUCCCGCCGAAAGAUAGUUUAUAUUUCGGUGCAGUGAAGAAUACCAAAACCUCCUACUGCUUAGUGGUACAGCCCAAUGGCUACGUUGGAGUAGGGGACAAGGAGUGUGGUGGUUGGAGAAUACUCCCCGAGGAACAGUUCAUUAUUGAUAGAGAGGGGAGGUUGAUGCUUGGGGAACUGUGCAUUGGUGUGGAUGGAAAUACGACGUUGUUAAGAGCUAAUAAAAAUAACUGUGAUAAUUCAAAAUGGAAGUGGACGUUGAAUUCUCGCAAAAGACUGGGCACAGGGUUGCUUGAAAUCACCGGUCCUGCUGGCCGUUACUGUGUGGUGCAUAAUCGAGGUGACACCCAGGGAAAAGGUGUGGUUGAAUUGGCAUCGUGUAACACAACUUCUAAUCAGGUGUGGUCAUUUGCUCAUAAAUUUGAUUUUGGCGUCAGUCGUUAA